CGCCUUCUUCUGACCGGAAAUUGACAGUUAUUGAGAAUAAAAAUAAAUAAAAGGAGAAAGGGAAAGAGGAGGAGAGGGGGCGGGAGAGUAUGUCGGUCAAUUACGCGGCGGGGCUGUCGCCUUAUUCGGACAAGGGCAAGUGCGGCCUACCGGAGUAUUUUGAUCCGCCAGAUGAACUGGAGAAGAAAAUCUGCCAGUUGGCGGACAUGAUCCGGGAUGCUUCCAACAUCGUCUUUCACACAGGCGCCGGCAUCAGUACGUCUUCAGGAAUCCCAGAUUUCCGAGGCCCAAAUGGUGUCUGGACGAUGGAAGAGCGAGGUCUGGCCCCCAAAUUUGACACCACUUUCGAGAACGCGCGGCCGUCGCCAACUCACUUGGCCCUCCUGGGCCUUCAGAGAGCCGGCAUCCUACAGUUCUUGGUCAGCCAGAAUGUGGAUGGUCUUCACGUCCGUUCCGGCUUCCCCAGGAACAAACUGGCAGAGUUACAUGGGAACAUGUUUGUGGAAGAAUGCAUGAAAUGUGGCAAACAGUACGUGAGAGACACAGUCGUGGGGACGAUGGGCCUGAAGCCAACAGGAAGGGUGUGUGAUGUCUCCAAGCGCAGAGGGCUCCGGUCGUGCAGGGGGAAGCUAAUGGACACCAUCUUAGACUGGGAAGAUUCCCUGCCAGAUAGGGACCUCAAUCUCGCUAGUGAAGCAAGCCGAAGGGCUGACCUCUCCAUCACUUUGGGGUCCUCCCUGCAAAUCAAGCCCAGCGGGGACCUCCCGCUCUUGACCAAGAAGAAGGGAGGGAAGUUGGUGAUUGUCAACCUUCAACCAACGAAACACGACAAGCAUGCAGACCUGCGCAUUCAUGGUUAUGUGGAUGAGGUCAUGACCAGACUUAUGAAACACCUGGGACUGGAGAUCCCUGAAUGGAGGGCACCGGUGGUGGUGGAGGAAGCAGAGCCAGCUGAGGCUAAGCCGUGGGUGAAACCCAGCACGGACUUCAAGUUUCUAGGCAAAGAGGAGACUGCCUCUCAUUGCAAUGGCACCGGGACAGAUCCAGGAUAUGUUGCUCCUCUGAAACGGGAGUCUUGCACACUGGGCAGCGACUCCAGCACAGCCAAGCAGCUGAAAUUGGAGCCACUCCCCACCUGAUCGGCCCUUUCUGACUGUGUGUGUGUUUGUGUUGCCUAUGUAUGUCUUGGAAAACACUUUUCCCUGCAAUUUAUAUAUGAUUUUUUAAAGACUGUCUCAUUGCA